GACCUGAUGACUACCAUUAUAUAUUUUCUUGGCGUGCAACGCACGUGUCGAAAGGCCCGGUGAGAACCGAAGGGCUCUUUAGCUAGCUACCAGCGUCGUCCGUCCGCCUUCUCCUUCGGGGCUUUCUUUGUUCCAAGCAAAGAAGCGAUGAUCUCGCAGUUCUUCGUGCUGUCGCAGCGAGGCGACAACAUCGUCUUCCGUGACUAUCGUGGUGAAGUGCAGAAAGGGAGUGCAGAGAUAUUUUUUCGUAAAGUGAAGUUCUGGAAAGGGGAUGAAGGAGAGGAGGCACCACCUGUCUUUAAUGUGGAUGGUGUUAAUUACAUUCACGUGAAGGUUGCUGGAUUGUUUUUUGUGGCAACUGCAAGGGUUAAUGUUUCACCAUCACUUGUUUUGGAGCUUUUACAAAGGAUUGCACGCGUCAUUAAGGACUACCUUGGAGUUCUUAAUGAAGAUUCAUUACGGAAAAAUUUUGUACUUGUGUAUGAAUUGCUCGAUGAAGUCAUUGACUUUGGAUAUCCACAAACAACAUCUACGGAGGUUUUGAAGUUGUAUGUGUUUAAUGAACCAAUAAUGGUUGAUGCUGCACGUAUGCCACCUCUUGGCCCUGCCGCCAUGUUUAUGCAAGGCACCAAACGGAUGCCAGGUACAGCUGUUACCAAAUCUGUUGUAGCCAAUGAGCCUGGUGGUAAGAAGAGGGAGGAAAUAUUUGUUGAUAUUAUUGAGAAAAUAAGUGUGACAUUCAGCUCUAGUGGCUACAUACUGACCUCUGAGAUUGAUGGCACCAUUCAAAUGAAAAGUUAUCUUAGUGGAAAUCCAGAAAUUCGUUUAGCUCUUAAUGAGGAUUUGAGCAUUGGUAGAAGCGGGGCUUCUGUCUAUGACUACAGAAGUUCUACUGGAGGAGGGCUUGUGAUACUUGAUGAUUGUAAUUUCCAUGAAUCUGUGCAUCUUGACAGUUUUGACAUGGACAGAACUUUGGCAUUGAUCCCUCCAGAUGGAGAAUUUUCUGUAAUGAACUAUCGUAUGACUCAGGAAUUCAAGCCUCCUUUUCGUGUUAAUGCAUUUAUCGAAGAAGCAGGACCAUUAAAGGCUGAAGUUAUUCUGAAAAUACGUGCUGAUUUCUCCCCGAGUGUCACUGCUAACACGAUUGCUGUACAAAUGCCAGUUCCAACUUAUACAACAAGGCUCCUGUCAAUACAACCACUAUUCUGUAAUACAGGAAACCUCACGAGAGAAGCGGGGCCUGUAAACAUGAAUUUCACAAUACCGAUGUACAAUGCAUCGAGGCUUAUGGUAAGAUAUCUACAUAUAGCCAAAAAAUCCAAGACCUACAAUCCUUAUCGGUGGGUGAGAUAUGUCACACAAGCAAAUUCCUACGUUGCUCGCUUAUGAGAAAUUGUUUUUACCCCCCUCUCUUUGUUUAUCAUCUGCACUUGGUUGAAUGUAUCAGCAAGACAUGAUAUGACCAAUUCUUUCUGUUACAUGUACCGCUUUCAAUGAUUUCAACUGCAGGGAGCCCUUUCUGGACCUUUAAAAGAAACUUUAGAGCCGUGAAUACUUAUGUAUUGAACCGCCAUAUGCGCAUCUCCCUGGCCAUGCCAUCUAUAUUCUCUAUUGGUAAUAACCCUCCUGUCGUUCUCCUUAGAAUGCUGAGGAGCAUGUCCUUUUUGUCAUUUGGAGCCA